UAAUUUUUUAAAUAAAAAUAAAAAACAUUCCUAAACAUCACCUAAAUAUUUUUAUUCUCAUGUAAUGUUAAAAUAAUUUUUUAAAAAGAAAGGAAAUGCAUGAGGGUUUUUUUUUUGUCUAUUUAAAAUUAUAUCCACAAAUUUGAGAACAUAUAGCCCAAAUUAAACGGCCAAGUUGACAACUGUCGGGCACGUGUCCGGAGGAUGAAUAAUACCUUUGACUACCUCCACGUAACAUUUUCUUACGAGACGUGUCGUCACCUCGAUCACCUUCCACUUCUAUAUGAACGGAACUGUUGAAACUCCACUUUCUUUGUCGUAGAUUCGGUUUCUGAGCGGUUGAAGUGAAGGAAAAGAGAGAAAGGAAAUGGAGUCCGUGAAGGAGAAAGCCGCUAACGUCGCGGCUUCAGCCAAGGCUGGAAUGGAGAAAACCAAAGCCACUGUCCAAGAAAAGGUAGAGAAGUUGACGGCUCAUGGUGAGAUGGAGAAGCAAAUUGCGACCCAGAAAAAAGAGGAGAAGAAAGCGGACGCGGAGAUCAAGAAGCAGGAGGCCUACGAGAACAACGCCGCCGGGAGGCAGGCCGCAGCGGUGGGCGGUGAGGCCCACUACACGGCUGGGCCAGGCCAAGCAGCAGUUCCUGCCGGCACCACCUACUCUGCCGCGACCGGGGUCCCAGGCAGGCCAAUUGGGAUAAAUCCGGGGACUGGGGGAGCGUUGGCUCAGAAUCCUCGCGUCGAAGGUGGGGGAGCCAAGACUGGGUAUGGCACCGGAGGCAACUACACUUGAAAAAAUGCUUUUCUGUUCGGUGUAUGUAGUUUUUUGGGCGAAUAAAAAUAUUGUUUUUAUUUUGUCAA